GUUGCGCCACGCUUGCCAUCGCAACUUCAACAACACUGGAAUUUGAUGUUGAGAGCAACUUCGCGACUUUCAAGCAUCAUGGCAUCUGAACAAAACAAACGCGAUAUUGUCAUCAUCGGUGGUGGUAUCAUUGGCUCAACAACAGCAUACUACCUCUCGCAACACCCAAGUUUCAACAGGGAAAGAGAUAGCAUAACGCUACUGGAAGCGACCAAGAUUGCUGGUGGCGCUUCAGGAAAAGCAGGAGGUCUUCUCGGUCUUUGGGCCUAUCCGUCUUGUAUUGUUCCGCUCAGCUACCGUCUGCACAAGGAACUCUCAGAUCAGCAUGGCGGCGCAGAAAGAUGGGGCUAUCGCGCUGUGCACUGCGGGCAGAUUGAUAUGUAUGGUGUGCUAAAGAAAAGGGAGAAGAAUGGCGCUGUGAAUGGGCGUAGCGAGAACUCUGUAAGCCUGGAAAAGAGGAGUAAGAAAGCCAUCGGGCUGCUGCGAGCAGCCGGUGUACCGCCAGAUCUAGACUGGAUCGCUGCAGAGGGGAUUCAAAGUUAUGAAGCUAUGGGCACACCAAGUACGACCGCACAAGUCCACCCCUACCAGUUCACGACAUCGAUGGCCCAACUAGCUGAAGAGAGCGGAGCAAAGAUUAUCUACGGCUCAGCAACCGAUAUUAAGCAAGAAUCCGGCGCAGUCAAAUCCGUCUCCUACAAGCCCAAAGACGGAGGCGAAGAGACAACACUCAACGCAAACACUGUGAUCAUUACAGCCGGCCCCUGGACCCGCACAAUCUGGCCAUCCGCCCCAAUCUCCGCACUCCGCGCACACAGCGUAACAAUCCGGCCAACACGCCCCGUAUCCGCCUACGCGCUCUUCACGUCCAUCGACCUCCCGCGCUCACCAACCUCCAAGCGCGGCGAAACAGUCACACCCGAGAUCUACGCGCGCCUCAACAACGAAGUCUACGCCUGCGGCGAAGGCGACCAACUCAUCCCGCUCCCCACUAGCUCCGACCUCGUCCAAGUCGACGACAAGAGGUGUCAGGAUAUCAUCGACCACGUUUCCACUGUGUCUGAGGAAUUGAGGGAUGGAGAGGUUACGGCAAGGCAGGCGUGUUAUUUGCCGAAUGUGAGUCGCGGGCAGGGACCGCUAAUUGGGGAGACGGGGGUUCAAGGGCUACUGAUAGGGGCAGGGCAUACGUGUUGGGGGAUUCAGAAUGCGCCGGGGACGGCGAAAUGUUUGAGUGAAUUGGUGUGGGAAGGGACGAUCAAGAGUGCCGAUUUGAGUAGUUUGGAUCCUAGGAGGGUUAUGUGAGGGGGGUUGGUGGCGGUAGUUGCGAGUCUGCUCCUUCUUCACUUGGUGAGCUUCUUGCCUUCGAGCCUUUCCACCGUGGUCCUUCCCUGGAGCAUGUCUCUUCGUCCCUUCUUCGAAUCUCAGUGGAGAUCAGACAACCCAGGGAAAGGUUUCAUGGGACCAAGCUUCUAGUGCAUACUUCGUCGAAAGAAAAGAGGUGGUAUUCUCAAAGCGACUUCCAAAGCAAUAUGUUGGCUCCUUGUAUCAUGACGUUGUGCAAUGAUGAC